ACCGUGUGUGUGUUUUCAGUCGCCUUUAUUUCUAAAUUUUCUCCAAGAGGUCGAUCCGGCGUCCGAGAAUUCACGAACGGCGCCGAAUCGCACUCGUAUCAUUUCCCUAUUUUGAUUUCGGAAUUAAAAGCCAGUUUGAUCUGCAGCGGUCGGUGUACGUGCGGCCUGUGGCGAAUUUUUCUUUUCGAUAUCGCGUACUUUCCAAUCAAUUUUCGGACCAAAUCGAAUUUGACGACGACACGCCCUGAAUGUCCGUCGAGUGAAACGAAACCGAAAUAUCGACGGGUCGAUGAUUAUCGCAUAUCGCAGGUGCCGCUGGCCGGAUUCCAAAACGCCAGCGAAAACAAUAAACAAAAACAUCGUCGAGGGUAACUGCGACACGAGUGCUGAUGUGCGAAAACUGUGUUAAUUUUUUUACGAUAGAAAACGCAAUGCCGACGUAUCAGACUUUCGUGGGUUGUUGCAGACGUCGCACCGAUUAUCUUCGAGUUUGUGGACAUAAGUCGGCUAAUGGCUGAUGACGAAGUCUUUGUCCACACGAAGUCAUGUGAUUGCUAAACGAACUCUCAAAAAGGGCACCAAGAUGGGCUGCGGACACAGCAAAAUCACCAUAUAUCCACGAAAAUCCAAGUCAAAACGCAGUUCCAAAAAGUCAGCCACGCCCGAGAAGACGGAAUCGGAAGAGGAAGACGGUAUAGAAAACGAAAUCGAAAACAGCGAGAACCAAGAAGACUGCGAUAGCCAAAAAAAGUUACUUAAACCUCCAGGGGGGCCACUACUAGCGCAUAUAGAAAUUUCAACUAGUCAGCAAGAUUUCUUCAGGAUGUUAGACGAAAAAAUCGAAAAUGGACCGGACUACAAUUCGGAAUCGGAAAGUGAGCAAAUAGCGGAAAAUUUUCGUAUUCGGGCUCUGUUGAAAGAUUGGGAAACUGCUUCGGCUGGCUCGAGGUCGCUACCCAACACACCGAAACUACGUCAUCAGGUCAUGGACGUGAAGCAUACGGAAGCUCUGAUUAACGAAUUUGGCAGGGGCACGUAUCACGAAAAACCGUACCACAACGUAACGCAGGUGUCCCAGAGUGUUAUCCACCAAUCGUACGGCGUGUCCCUGUUCCAGGAAUCACCGCCGCAACAACAACAGCAGCAAGUCGUAUAUCGGCAAGUGGCGUACGGUCAUCCGAACUAUAUGUCUCAGGGUUCUCGGGCGACCUGCGUGCCCGCGACUUAUCCUUCCGCGCUGCAGUACCAAGCCAUCAGUCCGCUUUAUGGUCAAGUGCCGGCCGCUUACCCUCCAGCGGCCUUAAGACAGUAUCCUAGUUACAAUCAGUGCGGCAGUCCCCUGAAACCAUACUCCAAACAUCACACUGGCAACUCCUCAUUUCCGGAUUAUAGCCAAGAAGUUAUCCACUCGUCAGCCAGUCACAAGAUUGUCUCUGUCGUAAAACAAGUACCUGAUCUAAGCAACGGCGACGUGACGCAACAAAAACCGAUCCAACCUCGGGUUCAGUACCAGCAUUACAAUGAGGCGAACGAUCAAAUGCCAUUCCAGGGUCAACAACCUCAACAAGUAGCGCUUUUCAAGCACCAUUCUAGGAAUUAUCAGUCAUCGAUGACCAUUCCAGUAGUGGCGAACAGCAAGGGCAAUGACGUGAACUGUAUCCAGAGGCAUCAGUACGAGAUGGUGUGAUAAGUAUUACGCGGAACUAGAGAACGUAAUCGUUGUAGUAGCAAAUACAAAUAAAAUUGGAAAGGUUAGUAGUUGGUUUAAAUAAUUGGACACGUAGCUGAGCCAACUAUUUACCCAAGAGAAACGUGUUAAACAUUCUAAAAUCUAAAUCGAUAUUUAUAAAUGUGUUUAACUGAUCGUGGUAGACAGAUUGUAAAUGUAUCACCGUGUAUCCGCGUCUCCCAUUUUAAAGAUAAUAAUUGUUUCAGAGACUAAGUAAAAUUUAUGUGUCGCAAUUAAACGGGUCCUCUGUUUUUUUUUUUUUUUGCUUUAUGAUAUUUAUUGUGCGUAAAGUCAAACCGAUGCGAGAUAUCUGUCUGACGCCUGAGUGUUACACGGCAGUGUUUCCAAAGUUCUUAUUUUUUCUUCUGACGACUAAAUGGUGCCAAACUUUACGACGAUGGCUCUAACACACAAGAGAUUUAUUUUAAACAAACAAUUUCACGAGGAAAUUUAGCCAAAUCCAUGUCUGCAGGAAUUCUAAAAUUUCGCUAUCACAAAACAAUCAUUUUCAUGUCACUCUUAAAUAACGAUAGAGAAAAUGUCGGGAAGUUUUUUUUGAUAGUUUGUAAAAUUUGUAAAAAUUAUUUAUACAUAUACAAAUAUAUCUUUGUUAGGAAAUUAGACAAAUAUAUUUACAAAAAAAAAACUGUCAUUGGGUUUAUCCUAUAGGGUAAUGUAUAUCAGAUAGCUUUAGCAAAUUCUAAUUCUAAAUAAUUGCCAAAAAUAACGUUAGACUUCUGAAGUGCUUAGUCUACUUCAUGUGUCAUAAUUUGUUGGGAAUGUGCAGUUUCGUACUUUUAAGGAUACUUUGAAUAUCAUUUUUAAGUUUCAAUCUACCGGGAAACCCUUAUUGUUUUAUUUAGAGGUGGAGAUGGCGUUCCUAACGCUACCGCAUUGAUUUCUCCUGCUCCUUCAAGAAAAUUCCAUCACUGAAACGCAAAAAGUGCUCUUGAAUACGAACCACAUUCGAUUAAUUUGUAGCCCACUCUUUAAAAUGUGAUAUUGUACCAUAGGCUAGACAUAUGUACA